AUGAUUUCGAGGAAGUUAAGAUUUUUGGUUAUUUUGGUUAUCCUGUCGUCUUUCGCACAGGCGAAAGAUAAAUGCCCUUUGCAAUGUGAUUGCAGCGAGGACUUGUCCGUGGUGAAAUGUCGUGACAUGGAGAAGUUUCCCGUGUUUAACUUUGCCGAAAAGGUUAAAACACUGUAAGUAAAACAGUUAAAAGUAAUAACUGGGGCGCUAUAUAUACUUUUUCAAGGUUUAAUUUCGAAAGAAAAAAGUCUGUUUAUGAAUGGGUUUGCACCAUGGUUUUUCGAAAGAAACCUUUUCCUGGCUUAGCAACCAUGCGUGUAUAGGAAUAUCCAGGAAUUACACUUAAAAAGCAAAAUUGUCAAAAUAGAGUUAAACCAAAAUUACUUCUCUUGAGCUCUUAUAAAUGAUUAACUGGAUAAACUGAUUCAGUCCAAUGACGGAAAGCGAACCACUCUGUGCACUGUAAACCCCAUACAAACACACUGCAACCACAUAACUGAAAGAUAGUCCUGACACACUAUCGAUUUCUUGAAUUGAGGGCUAGAAGUCCUUGGGUUAGGCUCAUGUCACAAAUCUUCCUUGUAAGUUUCAUAGGCAGAAAAAGCGAUAAAGCGAGCGACAUGUAUAUUAAAUAGGAUGUCUAUUUCACUGUAUUUUCUGGUCAAAGGAGAAAGACAAUAAAGCUAACAAUAACUAACAGUCGAUUAUGCUAGAGUUUUAGCCUUUAAAAUUCUGUUUUGCGAGCAGAACGCGAAAUUGUUUCUGGAAGCUUAAAAGUGAGAUUUCACUCAACUCAACUGAGCGUAGUUUUAUUCGACCGAUUACAGGGUAAACUAUUUUUUUUUUGUUUUUGUUUUUUUUUCUUUUUAUUACUUUAUUUAUUCUGUGUAAUUUUUUUCUCUGUGUGUGUUUUACUUGCAAUAAAAAAUAUAUGCAUUUCUUCGACCGAUUACAGGGACUUGACUUAUGGAAAUAUCAGGAGCAUAAAUGCAAAAGAAGUCAAGCCUUACACAAAUCUGGAAAAUCUGUAAGUAUUGAGAGAACCUGCAGUUAUAUCAAAGUACCGGUAGGCAAAGAAGGCGGGGAGUAAAGCAGGAACAUUGAGACAUUCAAGGCUGAAGACUGAGCCUACUAUCAAAGCCGAACGCGAAAGAAAGAAAGAAAAAGCUUAGGAGGGAGUGAGUCAGAAUUAGUAGCAUCCGUAGCCAGUUGAAUCGUUAUAGCGCGAGCAAAGUUUUGCUAGAAACUGCGAAGCUGUGUGUAGAAUGUGGAGGAGGCAUCUAGCAGCUAAAACUCUCACACGCGAAAAAUUAAUUCCGCAGCCAUUGCAGGCUAGUGAAUUAGUGAGUGAGUGAUUUAGUAUUUGUAACAGUAUAUCUUUAUUGUAUCUACUUUCUAUCGAAAGAGAGGUUCUCAUAUUUUCGGCAAAUCAUCUCGUUAGCCGUAAAGACACAUAACAAAACACAUUUGGUUGCGUGACGGUACAUUAAAGGGAAACGUUUUCACUUUCGCUUGUCUUACAGCCCUUAAAGACGCCUUUGCUUAAGUUCCCUAUAGGUUCCCAGGAAGAUUUUCGGGAUUUCCCUUAUUUGAAGUUCGGGUUUCGGGAUUGUAAAGCAAAAUCGGGACGAGAUUCGGGAUUGAAAGUAUGCGAGGGAUGUGGAAUGCCAAAAAUUACCAUCUAGAUUAAUGGACUAAGCGAAAUCUGGGGUCGGGAUUAGGAGAUUGAAGAACCCUAUUGAGGAUCCUCUAUUAACUCCAACAAUUUAUCUUUCUUUGUGACAGGUUCAUUAGUCACAAUCCUCUGGACUGUGACCAUGCAACUACCUACACCUUGAAAUACGUUCUGAGAGAAACCAUGAAACUAAAAUCGUUCGAUGGACAUAAGAUAAAAUGUCCAAAACGAAUGCCACUUAUGGGCAAACCUCUUCAUGGUUUGGCUGGUAAGUAGGCUUUCAUAAACCUUACAAGUAUGUAUCUUGGAAAAAUAGCCCAUAGGUUUGAGCUUUCAAUGUCAGUCUCCAAGUCAAGAUAGAUCAAGAUACUCGCUAAGAAAAAGUUUCUGAAAUAUAGACCAAAAACUCAUCAGAUUUCGUUUCGAAGUAGGAGUUCAUGCUUUUUUCUAUUGAAGAUCCUGUCCAAAUACUGGUAACUGUCUUUGUAGGAGACUUUUUCUUUCUUCAUCAAGUCUCGUCCCGUUCAUUUCCCAUUGCAGUCAGUACUCGGCCUUAAGUUGUAGAGGGGAGGUAGCCACGGAAGUGAAGAGCAUAAAUAUCCAGUGAGCCUACAAAACCUAGUGAAACCAGCAAACCUCUCGUAUAACAUAAAAGCACCCUUCGAACAUCCUUGGAACUUCAGUUUGCCGAGCCGGCCAUUCCACUCGUACCGAACUGAAGCCGCCUCCGGGCAAUUAUAUUAUUGCCCCAGGGUUUUUAUAUUUCGAUUAUUUCAAAGGAAAAUGCGACAAAGUGAUCCUCAUUUAACAUCGGACAUUCAUAGCUCUCGCUUGUAUACGCUUUAAUUUUGGUGGUACUUUUUUCAGUAGUAUUUGUACCAUUGAAGCAAACACUAUAUAAACAAUUUUGACCGGCCUAUACUAGUUAACAGUAUAGCUCUCUAGAUUAGGAAAUUCGAAGUAAUCGUUAAAAAAAAGCCUCACGGAAAAAAAGAUAAUUAAAUACUACAAAACAACAGACAUUUCGCUACGCCACGACAGUACUGGCUUCUCCGCGGAGAAAUAGUACAGUAGCGAAAUGUCGGCGUUUUCUUAUGCUAAUACUAAAGCUACUUUUGCAUUGUUUUUUCACAGAGAGCGGUAACAUUCAUUAUGGAGGCGGCGGUCCAAAUGUUCAUAUUCAUGCUUUGACAGGCCAUCAUCCUUUACACUGCAUGACACCUGGGAUGGUCGCGACUGUGGUGUUUUGUACAAUCGUGGGACUGAUCGCAGUAGCGGGUAUUUGCUGGUUGAUAGUAUUGCUCGUGUAAGUGAAGCAAAUGGAUAUUCAACAUUUGAUGUUUUACAGUUGAAUUAGCCCUACUCUACAGCUGACUCUAUUAAAGUUGCAUAUCAAAAAGCACAGUCCCAAAUGUUUAUACGCCUAGAGGCGCCGAAAAUGCACCAUACUUUAAAUCUGCAGGGACUGAAAAAGAGCCGUGGUUGAUACAACGUCAUCAACUCUGGUUUAAUUUUCAGCUGGUUGACCUAGGAACAAUUGGAGAAGAUGUUUAAAAUUCCCGGAGAGCAUGUAAAAAAAAGCAAAAAGAAAAGGACAAGGCUCCGUCGCAGUUUUCCCGCGGUUUGCAGCCGGUACUCAAAUGAGUUUGUAACUUCUGAUAACUUCUGAUUGGCUGAUUACAGUGUGCUCUUUGUUUUGAUUGGCCAAUUAAAAAUCAGUCUUUCCGCCUUUUCCCCGCGCCAUUCUGACCUCUCCUCUCUUCAAAGCUAGAUUUUUACCAGAUAAGACAACAAUUUUCACCAUUUUCUUUUGUUCUUUACACUAAUUUCAGCGCUGCUAAGAAGAAAGUUUCGAACGCGGAUGAUCCAGUGAGUCAAAUGGAAGACGGAACCUCUACAGCAACUCAGUCAACAGACACAACUGCUGAAGCGCUGAUAAAAGGCUUACAGAAACAGCGACGAAGCACUCAGGGAUUCCCUGAAAAUGCAAUCGUAGACUCUGAGGAAGACGAUGUCGUGGAAGAACACGAAUAUCUGAUGGCAAAAAUGAAGAAACAGAGACGUCAUUCUCAAGGAUACGCUGAUGGAGCAGGAUCCAGCGACGAGGAAUCGGACAUGGUCGAAAUCAAUUUGAACGACUGA